AUGGGCAGCUCACGGGUGGAAGGCCUCAUCCCCUUCAUCUACAAGGCCAUCAAGGAGCACCGCCGGAGCGGCAGCCGGGCCGCCGCCUACCGGGGCGCGGACGUGGAGGACGACGUGGACCUCGGCGACACGGACCAGAGGCGGCGCUGGCUGGAGCAGGAGCUGCGGUCGCCGCUCCGCGCCGCCGCCGCCCCGGCGUCGGCGCAGGCGCACGGGCGGAACCGGUCGCUGGAGGAGCUGGCCGGCCAGGUGGGGCUCUCGCCGGGCCGGCGGAUGCCGUUGCCCAAGGCCAGGAGCGUCCGCGCCUUCGCCUGCAUCGGCGCCGGCGCCGCGUGA